CCCCAGUCCCGACGAACCAUGACCACCACCACCACCAAUAAUCACCAGUCGGCCAGCGCGCCACGGGAUCCCAGACCAAUCUUCUUCUUCGACAUUGACAAUUGCCUGUACUCCCGAGAAUGCAACAUUCACGAUGAGAUGCAAAAGCUGAUCAACGCCUUUUUCAUCAAGCACCUCUCCCUCAGCACCGAAGAUGCGCACCACCUGCACAUGAAAUACUACAAGGAGUACGGGCUGGCGAUCGAGGGGCUCACGCGGCACCACAAGAUCGACCCGCUCGCCUUCAACCGCGAGGUCGACGACGCGCUGCCGCUGGACGAGAUUCUGAAGCCCGACCCGCAGCUGCGCCGGCUGCUCGAGGACAUCGACCGGAGCCAGGUGCGGCUGUGGCUGCUGACGAACGCCUACGUCACGCACGCCAAGCGCGUCGUCCGGCUGCUCGAGGUCGACGACCUGUUCGAGGGCGUCACGUACUGCGACUACUCGCAGACACCCCUGGUGUGCAAGCCCAGCCAGGUGAUGUACGACAAGGCCGAGCGGGAGGCCGGGGCGUCGAGUUCGGGGGAAUGUUAUUUUGUCGAUGAUUCCGGCUCAAAUUGCAAACACGCGGCGGAGCGCGGCUGGGCUGUGGCCCAUCUCGUCGAGCCGGGCGUCCCCGCCCCUCCCGAGCCGGCUUCCCAGUUCCAGAUCUCCAGCCUUGAGGAGUUGAGGACUUGUUUCCCUCACUUGUUCAAGUCGCGGUCCUGAGCCUUUUUCUCGUGAUCGUAUAGAAACAUUCCUUCUUUCUCUUUUUGCUUAUAGCAUAGACUUUUCGUAUAAUUACACGGCCCACGGGCCUUGAAGACGCUAUGAGGUAUACGAGUGAUGCUGUUUUAUAUCAGAUUCCUGGGUGCUGUUUGGCUUUGAUAAACAAUAUAUAUCAAUCAA